AUGCAUAAACCAUCAGAGACCCCGUGCUACAUUCUUCUUCCUGCUCUGGAACUGACACACAAGCGCCUUUCUGGGACUGUAGGCUUCCUCGUGCAGCACAUUUGUUGCAACGGGUUGCUUCUUACGAUGCGUCGGCAAAAGCCCUCUCGUGACAAUCGAGAUACAUCUGCAGUCAAACCCAAGACACAGCCUCAGUCCCAGAUCUUAGGUAUCAGAAGAGAUAUCACCAAGCCUUUCUCCAAGGCAGUGGCUCAACCCGGACAAUACGAGAACAGAAGCGACAAGAACUGGAUCACUGUUGCUUUCCAGGCAUCGAGCUCACAUUCGCACUUGACGAGCCUUCCACACAAACAGUGGGAAGAGAGACUGGCUAUCAGUGAGUGUGGGUAUUCAUGA